AUGGCUUCAGCAUACAAUGCACAUCUCGAUAUCGGUGCCUUGCCGCAAAUGAAGACGAUAGGCGUGCUCGGCGGCAUGAGCAACCAGGCGACCGCCGAAUACUACCGGCUUAUCAACCAGGCCGUGAAUGAGCGGCUUGGCGGCUGGAACACCGCAGAGGUAGUCAUCAGCUCGGUCAACUUUGGCAACAUCGAGCGCUUCGUGCGUGCAGACGCCUGGGCGGAAGCAGGCGAGUACCUCGCCACCAAGGCGCAGGGGUUGGAACGCGCGGGUGCCGAGCUCCUCGUCUGCGUGUCUAACACCAUGCACCGUGUAGCCGACGUCUUCACAGCCGGCCUGAACAUACCUUUUCUCCAUAUUGCCGAUCCGACUGGCGAGGCUAUACGGGUGGCCGGUCUGAAGCGUGUGGCGAUCCUUGGCACGAAGCCCGUGAUGUCGGCCGCCUACAUGAAGGAUCGCUUCGCAGAACGCUUUGGCAUCGAGGUGAUCGCGCCAAACGAGGCAGAACAGACGGACGUCGAUCGCAUCAUCUUCGACGAGCUUGUGCGGCGCGACUUGCGAGAGGACUCGAGAUCCGCUUAUCUGGACAUCAUGGACAGGCUUCGUGAGCGUGGUGCAGAGGGUGUAAUCCUAGGUUGCACCGAGAUAUUUCUGCUGGUGUCGCAGGACGACCGACCGGACUUUCCUAUUUUCGAUACCACCGCGUUGCAGGUCGGGCGUGCCGUCGUCACAGCUUUUGAGAAUGCCGUGGUAGAGUGGACGCCCCCUGACGGCAUCGAUGUGCCAAGUUGGCAUAUCGACCGACCAUAUGAGGAGGCGUCCAAGGAGCAGGCUAGCACGAUCGGGCUGGGUCUCGCGAAGCACAUACUCCAAGCGCCACGGGCUGGAUGCGACCGUCGAUCAAACGAAGGAUACGUGGCUGACUUCUUCGCCUUUGGAACGAAGCGUCAUGGCGGACAGUGUCAGUUGUGUAUAGCUGAACCAUUGGAACUAGACACGGAGUUUUGCAUGGAAGAUCUACAUCGGGUAACUACGAUCUCAAGCGAAGGUGGCUUUACUAAAUAUCAGUGGCUGUACACGGAGGACAAGGACACGAUCAUUAACAUAGACGUGUUCUUUCAAUCUCAUGAUGGGUACAAACCGCAAGGAGGGUUGACAAAUCCUUAA